GGCGGAGUUGCAUCAUGGGCACUGGACGACAUGGGUUUAGCAAUUGUAGUAUUAUUCAGUUUUUCAACCACGUUCAUAAAGAAGCAAACUGUCUAAAUAAUAUCCCAGGAGAAGAUUAUGUGGUUAAGAGAUGCGGAAACAAAAUUGUGGAAGACGAGGAGGAAUGUGACUGUGGUUCCUUAGAGGACUGUGAAGACGACCUUUGCUGCGAACCAGGUUGCAGACUCAGACCAGGUGCCAAUUGUAGCUUUGGACUUUGCUGCUCUGAAUGUCAGUUUCGUCCAUCGGGAUAUAUGUGUCGGAAGGAAGAAACCGAAUGCGACCUUGCAGAGUACUGCGACGGCACCUCCAAUUUCUGCCCAAAUGACACAUAUAAGCAGGAUGGCACCCCGUGCAAAUACAGCGCCCGUUGUUUCCAGAAGGGGUGUCAUUCCGCAUAUAUGCAGUGCCAAAGCAUUUUUGGGUCUGAUGCCAGGGAGGCUCCCACCCAGUGCUUUGAAACAGUUAAUUCAAUAGGGGAUCAAUAUGGGAACUGUGGGAUGAUAGGAGCUGGUAACUAUAAAAAGUGCACUAAGAGGAACACGGUAUGUGGCAGGGUGCAGUGUAUAAACGUCGAAACCCUCCCUGACAUGCCAGAGCACACGAGCAUCGUUUCUACUCAUCUGGAGGAUGAAAAUCUGAUAUGCUGGGGCCUCGGCUACCGUCUGUCCUUGGUACCCAUGGGGAUCCCUGACCGGGGUGUGGUCUAUGAUGGCAGCUCCUGUGGCACGGACCGGAUAUGUGUGAACACAACUUGCUACAAUAUUUCAAUCCUGCGCUUUGACUGUAUGCCUGAGAAGUGCAACCACAGAGGCUAUUGCAACAAUAACAGGAACUGCCACUGCAUGUACGGCUGGGCGCCUCCGCUCUGUGAGGAGCAAGGGCGAUUGAUAGGAAGCUAUUUAAGUACCAAAGAGAUAAAACCCAAAGAAGUAAAACCAGAAGAGAUAAAAGCUGAAGAGAUAAAACCCGAAGAGGUAAAACCCAAAGAGAUAAAACCCGAAGAGAUAAAACCCAAAGAAAAACAAGUACCACCCGCUGACACUGAAGUGACAAAACCCCCAGCAAAACAAUCUAAAAAAAAGAAGAAGAAGGGACCCAAGUAGCCCUCAGUCACUCAGUAACACAGGAUCAUAUCUUGAACAAGUUUAUCAUUUAUCCAAAUGGCUCUUCAUUCUUCUCCAAACUCUUUCCCACUUAAUUUUCCUUCAUGGUUGAUCAGCAAAAUAAAUGAUACUCUUGUUUGGGAGACAAACCAGUGCACUUUGCUUGCCUAGUGUUCGCUUGGCCUAGUUUGUGAGCAAGGUUGGUGUGUCCUGAGAGGAAUGCCCUGGUGGCUUUUCUGAACUAAAGCUCUGGAUGGUGUGAGUCUCAUGCAGUUACAGUGGCUGUCAGAGCAGAGUCCUGCUCUCAGAAUCCCAGCAAACAGAGGGAUCCUUUGCCUUUCCCUCGGCCUCCCUCGGUGUGGCCAGUGAGAAUGCCUGUGUCUGGCCCCUGCUGA